UGCGCGCGCACGUGGCCCGCCAACGUCGGCAGCAUGGAGUCGCUGGUGUCUGAGCUGUAUGCAAUUCAGGCCGUGAAGUUCGGUAGCUUCCAACUAAAGAGCGGGAUAUUGUCGCCUGUUUACUUCGACUUGAGGGUCAUUGUGUCCCACCCAGCUCUUAUGAACCAGGUUUCUGAUCUCUUGUGGCAAACUGCAAACAGUGCUGGAGUCAAAUACGGUUCCAUUUGUGGUGUUCCAUACACCGCUUUACCUCUUGCGACUAUUAUCUGUUCUACCAAAGGAAUUCCCAUGCUUAUUCGUCGAAAGGAAGCCAAGGAUUAUGGUACAAAGCGCAUAGUGGAAGGCACUUUAAACCCGGAAGAAACCUGUCUUAUUGUUGAGGAUGUUGUCACAAGUGGUUCUAGUGUCUUGGAGACUGCACAAGUUCUUCGUAAGGAAGGAUUAAAAGUCACUGAUGCAGUGGUGUUGUUGGACCGAGAACAAGGAGGAGGAGCCAAAUUGGAAAAAGAAGGGAUACGUUUACACUCUGUCUGUUCCUUAUCCAGAUUAUUAGAGAUUCUAUACAAACAAGGCAAAGUUGAUUUUGACAUGGCAGAAAAUGUCAAAACAUUCAUAAAAACAAAUUCUAAUGUACCAGUGAAAGAAAUGGUAAAUGUUUCAACCAAACAACUCAACAACCCGUCAAAUGUAAAAACACACUUUAAAGCAAUCAGUUAUGGUGAUCGUGCUCAGCUUCCUGAGGUUCAUCCAAUCGCAGCCCAACUUUUUAACAUCAUGGAAAAGAAACAAACAAAUUUGUGUCUGGCUGCCGAUGUUACAAACUCCAAAGAGUUACUUCAGCUGGCUGAUUCAAUUGGUACUGAGAUCUGCAUCUUGAAAACGCAUGUUGAUGUAUUGAGUGACUUUAAUGAAGAAGCCUUCAAAGAGCUCAGAGCCAUUGCCAAUAUGCAUGAAUUUUUGAUAUUUGAAGACCGAAAAUUUGCAGAUAUUGGAAACACUGUUAAGCACCAGUAUGAAGGUGGAGUAUACAAAAUUGCUCAGUGGUCUGACUUUGUGAAUGCUCAUGUGGUUCCUGGCCCUGGAGUAAUAAAAGGACUAAAAGAAGUUGGCAUGCCUCUGAAACGAGGCUGUUUGCUGAUUGCAGAAAUGAGCUCUGAGGGUUCCCUAGCUACAGGGAACUACACCACAGCAGCGGUAAAACUGGCUGAAGAACAUGCUGACUUUGUAAUUGGGUUUAUAUCUAGCUCAAACAUCAGCAGCAGAUUGGAAUUCGUACACAUGACUCCAGGAGUCCAGAUGCAGGUUGGAGCUGAUCAUCUGGGCCAACAGUAUCUGAGUCCCGAAGAAGUGAUUAAUAAAAGGGGAUCUGAUGUCAUCAUUGUGGGUCGAGGAAUCCUGUCUGCAAAGGAUCGUGCAGAAGCUGCAAGAAUGUAUAAAAAAGCAGGAUGGGAAGCUUACCUGAAUAGGUUAAUGGUCCAUUAAGAAUUGAAAGUUUGAUCAAAGACACAAUAUUCCUGAAUUGUUUACAAAAUCUGAAAAUCAAUUCUUUUUACCUCUUCAUACAAUUAUUGUCUAUUUUUAAAUAAACAGUAUUAAGAAAACCUCCCUCAUCUUCAUAAUACCUAAUUGUGGAAAAGUAGGAAAUAAUUCCUCAGGCUAGUGGUAUUAGAACAUAAUAUUUGGAGGAAUUGCAAGGCAUUUAGCCUUUUUACACUUGUUCCAACAUUCACAGGAUGAUUUUCCAUCUCUGCAUCACUAUCCUGUACUAUUCUGUAUUACUUUGAUUCCCUACAAAUCCACAAAUCUGUCAAUCUUUGUUUUGAAUGAACUCAAUGAAGAACUUGAAGAACUUUCUGGCAUCUUUGUCUUAAAUGGCCUACCUCUUAUUCAGAUACUUGGCUCCACAUCCACUUUGUCAAGUCUUAUGAGAAUUUUGCAAGAUUUACUGAGAUCACUUCUCAUUCUUUUUGUGCAGUAAUCCCAUCAUCCCUGCAACCAGUUGUUGCCACAUAGGUUUAACAUAAAAUAUGUCUUGUUUCUAGUUAGGAGACCAAAAUUUACACAUUAUUUCAGAUCUGGUCUUAAUGUAGUCAUAUGUGGUUUUGGUGAAACAUCUGUACUGGACUUUUUUUAUUUCAGAUAUUUUGUAUUCAGAUUUAUUUACUAUAUGUACAUUGAAACAGUGAAGUGUGUCGUUCAUGUUGACUACUGGCAUCCCUAAGGAUGUGCUGGGGCACCAACAUAACAUGCUCUUGUAAUAAAUGCCAAAUACUACUUGCCAUCCUAAACUGUUCCCUUCAUCUGCAUAACAACUCCGCUGUCCAUGGAAAUUUCUCGGUGUUGCACAUUCUUAAAAGACAUACUUCUAUCACUUUUUGGUCCAAAGUGAAUGACUUCAUGUUUUCAUUUUAUCUUCCAAUUACUAUGGUUCUGUCACUUAGUACAUUUGAGAUUUUAGUGUUUUCCUGACUGCCCUCCAGUUUAAAAUGCAGUCUGCAUUUCUACAUGGCAGAAACUGCUAGCUAACAAAGGAGAGUGCAGGACUUGGUGUUCAUGAAACAGAUUGAACCAUGCUUCUGUUAUUUUCUGUUACAAAUUGUCAGAGCAAGAUGAGUGAAAUUUUUAUAUUUUCAAGUUCAAAUGUGAUUUUUACUUUUAUUGUUCACAACCAACAAUUCCCUUAGAAUGACCCCAGCUUUUCAUUUCUGAAACAACAAUAAUCAUUCAGUAUCGAAUUAGUGGUUUGUUCAUGUCUUUUGCGUGUUUCAGUAGCUUUUGCUACUUAUAAAGCUGUUAGUGAUGUUACAGUAGCAGUAAUCUUCCUGUAAUUGGUAUCAGAUAUUCCAUUGCACAAUGCAUGGUUAUAAAGGCAAGGCCAAAUGAUUUGUGGGAGUUUACAAUUUGUAUACAAAAACAGUUUCAUUUUUCCAUUCUUCUCACCAUGUGUCAGUUUGUGUAAAUAAAUUAUCAAGGCUGCUGGCCCAGAACAUAGAAGAAAGAUUGGUACAGCACAGGAACAGGCCAUUUGGCCCACAAUGUUGUACUAAACCAGCUUAAAAAAAUAAAAAAAAACUAUUUCCUACCUAAUGAUGUCCAUAUUCCUCCAUCUUUCUCAUAUUCAUGUGCAUAUCUAAAUAUGUCAAAAGCCUCUAAGGUAUUUGCCUUUACCACCAUACCAGGCAACUGCAUUCCAGGCAUCCACCACUCUGAGUGGGGAAAAAAAACUUACCCCUUACAUCCCAUUUAAACCUAACCCUCUUAACUUCAAUGCAUGCUCUCUGGUGCUAGACAUUUCUGUCCUGGAAAAUAGAUACUCCCUGCCUAUCUAUGCCUCUCAAACUUAUAAACCUCUAUCAGAUCUCCACUGCUCCAAAAAAACCAACCUAAGUUUGUUCAGCCUCUCAUGAUAGCACAUGUCCUCUAAACCAGGCAGCAUCAUGGUAAACCUCUUCUGCACCCUCUCCAACAUCUCAGCAUUCUUAUAGUGGGGCUACUAGAACUGUGUGCAAAACUCCAGAUGACCACAGUUUUAUAAAGUUACAAUAUAACCUCCCGACUUGAAUUCAGUGUCUCAACUAAUAAAAGCAAGCAUUCCAUAACCCUUCAAGAGCUUGAUAUAGAAAACUGUAGGGCUAGAAAGAAGAUUUGCUCAUAAUGGAACUGAAAAUCUUGAGGAUGUUCUUUGUGUCAAAAGAAAUUGUUUACAUAUUCAAUUUCUGUCAUUAUAAUAGACAGUAGGUGCAGAAGUAGGUCAUUUGGCCCUUCUAGCCAGCACUGCCAUUCACUGUGAUCAUGGCUGAUCAUCCACAAUCAGUACCCUGUUCCUGCCCUCUCCCCAUAUCCCUUGACCCCGCUAUCUAUAAGAGCUCUAUCUAACUCUCUCUUAAAUACAUCAAGAAUUGGCCUCCACUUCCUUCUGGGGCAGAGCAUUCCACAUAUCCACUCUGGGUGAAAAAGUUCUUCUGCAUCUGUUCUAAAUGGCCUACCCCUUAUUCUUAAACUGUGGUCUCUAGUUCUGGACUCGCCCAUCAGCGGGAACAUGCUUCCAGCCACCAGCGUGUCCAAUCCCUUAAUAAUCUUAUAUGUUUCAAUCAGAUCCCCUCUCAUCCUUCUAAGUUCCAGUGCAUACAAGCCCAGUCACUCCACUCUUUCAACAUAUGACAGUCCCGCCAUUCUGGGAAUUAUCCUUGUGAACCUACGCUGCACUCCCUCAAUAGCAAGAAUGUCCUUCCUCAAAUUUGGAGACCAAAACUGCACACAAUACUCCAGGUGGGGUCUCACCAGGGCCCUGUACAGCUGCAGAAGGACCUCUUUACUCCUAUACUCAAUUCCUCUUGUUAUAAAGGCCAGCAUGCCAUUAGUUUCCUUUACUGCCUGCAUGUUUGCUUUCAUUGACUGAUGUACAAGAACACCUAGAUCUCGUUGUGCUUCCUCUUUUCCUAACUUGACUCCAUUUAGGUAGUAAUCUGCCUUCCUGUUCUUGCCACCAAAGUGGAUAACCUUACAUUUAUCCACAUUAAACUGCAUCUGCCAUACAUUUGCCCACUCACACUGCCACCCAGCUUUGUGUCAUCAGCAAAUUUGCUAAUGUCACUUUUAAUCCUUUCAUCUAAAUCAUUAAUGUAUAUUGUAAACAGCUGCGGUCCCAGCACCGAACCUUGCGGUACCCCACUGGUCACAGCCUGCCAUUCUGAAAGGGACCCAUUAAUCACUACUCUUUGUUUCCUGUCAGCCAGCCAAUUUUUCAAUCCAUGCCAGUACUCUGCCCCCAAUACCAUGUGCCCUAAUUUUGCCCACUAAUCUCCUAUGUGGAACUUUAUCAAAAGCUUUCUGGGAGUCCAGGUACACUACAUCCACUGGCUCUCCCUUGUCCAUUUUCAUAGUUACAUCCUCAAAAAAACUCCAGAUUAGUCAAACAUGCUUUUCCUUUCAUAAAUCCAUGCUGACUCGGACUGAUCCUUCUACUGCUAUCCAAAUGUGUCGUAAUUUCAUCUUUUAUAAUUGACUCCAGCAUCUUUCCCACCACUUACGUCAGGCUAACCGGUCUAGAAUGCCAUGUUUUCUCUUUCCCUCCUUUCUUGAAAAGUGGGACAAUAUUAGCCACCCUCCAAUCAGCAGGAACUGAUCCUGAAUCUAUAGACCAUUGGAAGAUGAUUACCAAUGCGUCCACGAUUUCUAGAGCCACCUCUUUAAUUACCCUGGGAUGCAGACCAUCAGGUCCUGGGGACUUGUCAGCCUUCAGACUCAACAGUCUAUCCAACACCGUUUCUUGCCUAAAAUAAAUUUCCUUCAGUUCAUCCUUUACCCUAGUUCCUUUGGCCACUUAUUACUUCUGGGAGAUUGUUUGUGUCUUCCCUAGUGAAGACAGAUCCAAAGUACUUGUUCAAUUCAUCUACCAUUUCCUUGUUCCCCAUAAUAAAUUCACCCAUUUGUCUUCAAUGGUCCAAUUUUGGUCUUAACUAUUUUUUUGCUAUUCACUUACCUAAAGAAGCUUGGCUAGUUUACCUUCGUACCUCAUUUUUUUUUCUUGGCAUAUUGCCUUUUUUGUUAUCUUCUGUUGCUCUUUAAAAGCUUCCCAGUCCUCCAGUUUCCCGCUCAUCUUUGCUAUGUUAUACUUCUCUUUUAUUUUUAUACUGCCCUUUACUUCCUUCGUCAGCCACGGCCGCCCUUUACUCCCCUUAGGAUAUUUCUUCCUCUUUGGAAUGAACUGAUCCUGCACCUUCUGCAUUAUUCCCAGAAAUACUUGCCAUUGUUGUUCCACUGUCUUCCCUGCUAGGGUAUUGUUCCAUUGAACUUUGACCAGCUCCUCCCUCAUAGCUCCAUAGUUCCCUUUGUUCAACUGUAAUACUGACACAUCUGAUUUUUCUCUUCUCCUUCUCAAAUUGUAGGUUAAAACAUAUCAUAUUAUGGUCACUAACUCCUAAUGGUUCCUUUACCUUGAGGUCCCUGAUCAAAUCCAGUUCAUUGCACAACACUAAAUCUAGAAUUGCCUUCUCCCUGAUAGGCUCCAGUACAAGCUGUUCUAAGAAUCCAUCUUGGAGGCACUCCACAAACUCCCUUUCUUGGGGUCCAGUACCAUUCUGAUUCUCCCAGUCUACCUGCAUGUUGAAUCACAACUGCAUGCAUUUUGAAGUUGGGCAAUUGUGUAAACUCAUUACCUGCUAAUUGUACCAAGUUGUAGUAAGAAUGUUGUACUAUGUUAUUGAUUGACCAAUAAAAUUACUGCUGAUGUUUUA